ACAGGUGCUAGCUGACGCUGAGUUUGUGUCUCUUACUACGGUUCUGUGAGAGUGAGGGGACUGUGAGUGAUGUCAUCGCCUGAUGAUGCUGAUGUCACUAGAUGGUGUUUUCUUUUUUUCUUUUUUUCUACAGAGAAGAAGGCAAUCGAGCUGUCUGGGUGUGAGUGAGCACCCUCUAGUGGAGCUGCUGACAAGCUGUCCUGCAGAGCUACUGUCUGCUUCCAACCAUCAGCAUUUCAAGAGGUCUAUGGUCCAGCGUUGAGCAGAGACCAUGUGGUGUUUGGAGCUGCUCUUACCACUGCUGUUGAUCAUCAAUGAUGCCAGUUGCCAGUGGAAUGUUUGGGUACCUCGGGACAUUUCGGCCAUGACAAACUCCUGCGUGGUCAUCCCGUGCACAUUCAUGUAUCCGUCUGGCAUCAGGCCGUACCGUGGCACUCACGGUAUCUGGUACUUCGGCCAGCCGUACCCUCAACUCUUCCCUCCCGUUGUCUUCAAAUCACGCACAGAUGUCGUGCAUGAGAGCUACAAGGGCCGCACCAAGCUGCUGGGUGACCUGCACCAGAGGAACUGCACUCUGCUCAUCAACAACAUCGGCACAGAGCACUCAGGACGAUACUACUUCCGUGCUGACCUUGGUGGAGCCAACAUGUAUACAUACCCAGACUUCUCUGAGCUCAAAGUUCUGGAUCAACCUAACAUCGAUGUCCCAGAGGAGAUCGUCAGCGAUGAGAGUUUGGAGCUGACGUGUUACGCUCCAGACAACUGCCCUGACAUGACUCCAGAGAUCCAGUGGAUGUACACCGACUACCUGCCCGACCCAGAGUUCAGCUCUGACUACCUGGAGGAAAGCAACACAGCGGUGCUCUCCAGCACCCUCACCUUCACACCCAGACCCAUGCACAAUGGGCAGCUCCUGGGCUGCAGGGUCUACUACCCCAACACAACACUGGUCUAUGAGAGGCUCAUCUCUUUGGACAUCAAGUAUGCUCCACGCUCUGUUUGGGUAAACGUGUCCUCAGAGGUGAUGGAGGGCAGCUCUGUGAUGCUGCACUGCGAGGUGGAUAGUAACCCUCCUCCCAGGAUCUCCUGGAUGUUCGGAGACCAGGAGUUGCUUUGGGACACGGCGUCCAAUGUCUCACUCUCCCUGGACGAUGUGACACCUGCACAGGAAGGAGUCUACACCUGUGUUGGGGACAAUGGCUACGGCAUCAUGAACACUUCACUGUACCUGGCCGUCAAGUACCCUCCCCGAGAGCCCAUGGUAAACGACUCUAUGACAGUACUAGAGGGAUCCACAUUGGCCCUGCACUGUAGCACCCAGGGCAGCCCGGCCCCAACCCUAACCUGGCUGAAGGACGGGGAGCUGGUGGGCACCAUCACCGCAGAUGAGCUGUCGGUGCUGGAGAUCGUAGAGAUCACACCACAGGGAGACGGACAGUACCGCUGCUUGGCUGAGAACGAGCACGGAAGAGCCAGCAGCUCCUUCAACAUCACUGUUGAGUAUGCCCCGGUCCUCCUGGAGGAGUCAAAGUGCACGGUGGUGAGGGAGGGUGUCCAGUGUGUCUGCAUGGCCACAGGAAACCCUGAACCCACCAUUGAGUUCUACCUGCCUGACCUGAACAUCACCAUCAACGAAACAGAUGGCCGGUACAACUUCUACACGCACACAGACGGACACACCUCCACGGGUAUGAUCAAGCUGCGGGAGAAAGGCGAGCGGGUUGACAACGGUGGCCCUGCCGUCAAUGUUCACUGCAGCAUCUCCAACAUGUAUGGCAGAGAGAGCGUACUCCUGGAGCUACAGCAGGAGAAAAAGUACAUGAUGGCAGUUAUAGUUGGCACCAUUGGAGGAGUGGCAGUCAUAGCCUUCAUCAUUGCAGCAGUGAGAUACGUUGGCCACAACAACAAGAAAGAGAAUGGCAACCCUAGGCAGGACGUGGUCCUGGAGAACCCAGCUUUGUACUACAGCGCAGUCAAGAAGGACAAACAAAAUCUGAGGAAGAAAGUGCUUAAGACAGAGCUGUUGGGCUCAAAGUUUAACUCCAUUCUAGAGGAGACUACGGGAGAAGACGGGGAUUAUCAACCUGUGGGCUCUAUGGCAGGACUGGAGAGGCAAGAGCUGAAUUAUGCUGCUCUGGAGUUUAUCGGGGCCAGGUCCAGGGAGGGGGCCUCAGGGAGGGGGGAUGAUGGCAGCAACUACACGGAAAUCAAAGCCAAAUGAAUCGCGAUCCUUCCCUGAUCUCUCGACUAUGCGAGACGCAGUGGCAGCCCCAACAAAUCCUCAGUCCGUUAAACUGUGUAAUAAUGCCCCUUCCUCAACUGGAUAUCACCCUGACUUCUUGUUUCUUUUGAUUUGUCACAUAUAAUGUACCACUCGAUGCCACUACUCCCCCCUCAUGCUACCCCUUCUCCUCUGGACGCCCCUUCACACGUCAUCAUUUGGGAAACUGGUACUUUUUUGGGUCAGAGCAUGAUCCACUGGACAAUGUCAAAGAAAUUACUGAAAUUUCUGGCCUCAGUUGUAGUACAUGGGCUCUAAAACAUGCAGUGUUAACCAGUGGCCAUGUUUUUGUUUCCAUGUUAUUCUUUGUUUUUCUCAAACGACACACAUUGUAGUGCUUGCAUCCAUCUCACUGUUUCGCUCUACAUCUGUCUCUUGUAACUGUCGCUGUGUCUGCUGCCAGUCGAAGCAUCAGGGCAAGGAGUAACUGCGCUUUUUGUUCUCUUAUAUUUAUGUGUCUAUCAGCAGAGAGCAAAUGUCUCCUCUGUCUUUCCUUUGGUUAAUUACAUCCUGAAAAGAUAACCGGUUGAGACAAGAAAUGGAAAUGCAUCUUUGUUUCACAUAAUUGUAUUAAAUGUGUGCUGUGACCCAGCAGCCUCUCAUAAUAAGAAAAAAGAAAAGAAAAGCCACCAUCAGUUUUGAUAAAAAUUUGAGAGGAUUUGGAAAUUCAAGUGGUACACUGUCCUGUUCUGAAAAAUGUCACACUUAUGUCCAACGUUUACCAGUUAACUGCAGAAUGUUACAUUUUAGGGGGAAUUUUCUGCACUGUGGCCAAAAUUGGCUGUCUCAUCUUCUACUUCUUCACCCUAAACCAUGAGUGCUAGAUCUCUGAUUCAUCUGUAAAAUUCAAAGGUGCUAAAUGUUGCUCUGGAGAAAGAAAGUUUAUUUUUGAGUCUUACUGCCAAGUCGUCAAACACAGACACUUCUUAAGUCUCAUCCCAAGUCAUUACAUAUUGCUGCUUUGUUGGUGAACGAGUCUACAUAUGAUGUACUAGUUAGCCCCUUGCAGUAUAUUACCUCAUUACGGGCAGUGUUUCAUCCUGACGCCAUCCAGCGGCGUAUCAUACUGAUGUGAUGUGUGCCGUUUGGCGUAUCAUAACAUUGUGAAAGGUCCUGUAUCAAACUGAUGCCGCCCUGCAGCGAUUCAUACUGUCGUGGAAAGUGGCUUAUGGCAUUAGUAAGUUAUGCCAAAAUGAAUGAAAAAGCAGCAGUAUUUGAUGACUUUGGAAUGAGAACAGGCUGCACCCACCAACCCAAAGUGUUCGUAUAAGGCGACCUGGGAAUGAGACUCAAGAAUCAACUGUCUUUCUUCAAAGUAACAUACAGCACUUUUAAAGCACAACAUGUUUGAGUGCAAGUGGCCAAAGUGUUAUCUCUUUUAGACAAUGUGUGUGUAUGCGUGUGUGUGUUCAAAUCGUGCUGAAAGAUCGUAGGACACUGAUCAUUGAUCACUGAGGUCUCUGGGAAGUUCGAGCAUCACUUUACUUGAGAUGUUGAUGCUUUAUUCUCACAGCGUUGCAUCAGAUAUUUGAAUGACAAAAGGUGAAGCUGACUAGCCAACUGGUUGCGCUAUUCAAAGACAUUUGAUGAACCUGUGAUGUAAUAUCAAAGCGCACUAAUAUUCUAACUUGAUAAUGAUGGUGUCGAUAAUAUAUAUUAAUAAGAUGUAUAUUGAUAGUGAAAGGGAUGUCAGUAUGUACAGUAAAUACCCUGCAUGACUGUUUUGCUAGCAGGCAAACAUAUAAAUUUUAAAUUACAGAUAAAAGCCAGUGUAGGAAGUAAAGUCAGUCUUGUCACACAUUAUUCAAAAACUUUGACUGGACAUUGUCUUAAUAUGAGCUUUGCGAAUAAUAUCAAUCUGUAGUGAGUGUGCACUAUGAGUCAAAUCAGAGGCUAUGUUUACAUGCAGGGAGUGAAUUUCUUACUGACUAAUUGCAGUCAAUUUAAAGUGUAAUACCUGCUUUGUAUCUUUUCUAUUUAAGGUAUACUUUGCAGGAUUGCCGGUUACUGUUUUUAAAAAUGAUCGCAAGUGAAAGUAAAAGUAAACCCCUUAUUUACUUCCAUUUGGCGUUUCGCCUCACUUUAUUUUGCAUUUUUUCAGUCACAGUAGGCAGACUUUUAAAAAGAAUUGUCAAAAUCAAAGCAGCAGAAGACACAAUUUCUAGAUUUUAGUCCAUAGUAUGGGUCAACUUCCAAACCCAGUGAAUCCUACAUUCCACACAAUGCAACACAUUAGUGCUUAGUUUGUGACUGUAUAUUUUUUCAGACUCAAGCUUCAUUAUCAGGGAACAUUAUGUCACUGUUCUUACAGGAAAAGAUGUACUGCCCAUGAAAAAUACCUGACCUUUGUGUCAGUAAGUCAGUGGAAUUUCCCCUUUUUACCGCCAUGCUUCCUCUUCUUCACUCUACUUCUUCCAUGUUGCAUCACAUCUUUCAGGUCACAUGUUCCAUUUCUCUCAAAUAUGCUUAUGCUUUUUAUGGUCCUAUUUCUACUUUCACUCAAUUAUGCAUUUUUUUGAAAAUGCUAAUUGAUAUUCACACGGCAAGAAAUGGUAUCUACAAUACUGAAAGUAAUGGCUACAGUUUGACUUUCCAAAAUCACUUGCUACAGUGUGCUCAAUAUCAAGUAUUCUACACGUCUGAAUGUUUUUCCUCCUUAACAUAUUGUUACACCCUAUGUCCUGAUGUUGGUAGAAGGCUCAAGGAAAAUCUGGCAAGAGAUGUGCAAUAAUCUCUUCUUUAAGACUGAAAUGACUUUCGGUUCACAUGCUCUGACUAAAAAUUCAUAAGCAUGCGUAUAUUAUGAAACAACGCCACACUGUGGCAGUCUCAUUUAAAAUGAUGGAUUAAGUUCAUUGAGGCUGCUGUGUGUCUCUGUGAGCUGUUUCUAAAUGGUUUCACGAUCAGUAAAAAAGACAAAUUACAGAAAAGGUCUCCCACUUUAGCAACUCCAUAUAUGGGUAGGAAUAAAGGCCGUUGCUAAAGCCUGUAGUUUUCUAUGACAUAGGGGUAAGGGAUAAGAUGUAUCUUUAUGUUUUAGUGGUCACAUACAGUGUAACAUACAAGCUGCUGUAAACUCCACUCAAAUGUCGUUUACCUCUUGAUUAGCACAAUAUCUUUUGCAAAGAAUUCCUUUGUCUUAUCCUGACUCAAAUCAUGUUUAAAAUAUAGAAUUAAAAAGUUGGUGUUACAUUUGGCUGAAAAAGUAAGUUACAUACUGCAAAUGUUUAAUGUAAAAACUCGAAUAGGUUCCCAAAAGAUAUUGGUAUGUAAUGCAAAAAGCCAGGUACCAGGGGGAUAAGUGUUAUGCACACUCAAACCCAAAACAGGUUAAAAAUGCAGUCCUCUGUGCAUGUAAACAAAGCUAUUGUCAACCACUCGUGUGUGACUCACAUUAAGCUUUAAUUAAGACAUUGUUCUGUUGACUUAAUGAUAGAUAUGCUGGCCAGCAUUCCUAAAUUGCCUGUAUGCACAAAGUCAAUAACCACUUCCUGUCUUUGAAUGCCUCACUGGAGGUUGACUUUUUAUUUUUUCAUUUUUUUCUUUUUAAGUAGAAAUAUCAAAUGUGAUUUUCCUAAUCUUUUGUCAUGGUGUGUUGUAAAGCAAAUUUGUAUGUCCUAUACUUUGUGGUGAUCAUAAUUAUCAAUAUGGAGAUUUUUUUUCUACAUAUAUCAUUGACACAAUAAUUCAGAUCAGGGUUUGCAAUCUCUCUGCAAAUUAGCACUGUUACUUAAUGACAGUAGGAUUUCUGCAAUGAUGUAGUUUGCCUGCUCUUUUAUUUUAAACAAGCCUUUCAUGCCUCAAGCAAAUUCAUCUGUCUUCAGUUCCAC